CCAAAAGGAAAAAAAUCCGGUGUGGAAGAGCGCAGUGAAUGAUAGAUGCACUUAUCUUUUUCUCCUGCUUCUUCCUCUCUUCAUCUCUCCGACGUCUUCUGUUAGCGUGCGCCGUCUUGACCCUACGUGCGCCGUUGGUGCACUCUCCUAUCCUGCGCUCACCUGUCGUUACCUUCGCCUCCGCCGCAUCUGACGUUUCCGGUGGUAAGGUCGAUCGCCUCGAUACCGAUAUUCUCGUCGAGAUCUCCGGUUCCAGUCGCCGAGCGAUGUCGAAAGCUCGUGUUUACACCGAUAUCAAUGUGAUGCGUCCCAAGGAGUAUUGGGAUUAUGAGUCUCUUAACGUUCAAUGGGGAGAUCAAGAUGAUUACGAGGUUGUCAGGAAGGUCGGGCGUGGGAAAUACAGUGAGGUUUUUGAGGGCAUAAACGUGAAUACCAAUGAUAAGUGUGUAAUCAAGAUCCUCAAGCCUGUUAAGAAAAAGAAGAUAAGAAGGGAGAUCAAAAUACUUCAGAACAUCUGUGGUGGGCCAAACAUUGUCAAGUUGCUUGAUGUUGUCCGAGAUCAACACUCAAAAACCCCGAGCUUGAUAUUUGAGUAUGUUAACAACACAGAUUUCAAAGUUCUGUAUCCUACAUUGACCGAUUAUGACAUCCGCUACUACAUCUAUGAGCUGUUGAAGGCACUGGACUUCUGCCAUUCACAAGGUAUAAUGCACAGAGAUGUCAAGCCACACAAUGUCAUGAUAGACCAUGAGCUGCGUAAACUUCGCCUGAUAGAUUGGGGUCUUGCUGAAUUUUAUCAUCCUGGAAAAGAGUAUAACGUUCGUGUGGCCUCAAGAUACUUCAAGGGACCCGAACUUCUAGUGGAUUUACAGGACUAUGACUAUUCAUUGGACAUGUGGAGUCUUGGUUGCAUGUUUGCUGGGAUGAUAUUCCGCAAGGAACCAUUCUUUUAUGGCCAUGACAACCAGGAUCAGCUUGUCAAAAUUGCCAAGGUGUUGGGAACUGAUGAAUUGAAUGCAUAUCUGAACAAGUAUCAGUUGGAACUUGAUCCUCAACUAGAAGCACUUGUUGGGAGGCAUAGCAGGAAGCCUUGGCCGAAAUUCAUCAAUGCGGACAAUCAGCAUUUGGUCUCACCUGAGGCAAUUGAUUUCCUGGACAAGCUACUUCGGUAUGACCAUCAAGAUAGACUAACUGCGAAAGAAGCCAUGAGACACCCAUAUUUUGGGCAAGUGAGGGCAGCAGAGAGCAGCAGAAUGCGGAUGCAGUAAGUUCAAAAGAGACGCAAAGGCAAAGGCAAGUUUGGUGAUAAUUUUCACAUUUGAGAUUUUUUUUAAAAAAAAAUUUGCUGAAGAAGUUAUGUCAGACUCUGCUUUGUAAUGAAUUUGGGUGUCAUGUGAAGAAGCGUUACUUGGAAUAUAUAUUGUGAAAUCGUCUACUAUGUUAGUGGGUGUAAUAAGGAUUGGAGUUUAAUGAUGAA